AUGGGUGAUAUGUACCUCAAUGUUUUCCCUAGCUGGUGUUUUUCUACCAAUCUCAGCUGCCAUCAAAAUGGUAGAAUAGUUAUUGCAUGGGACCCUGAUGUAUUUGUGGUUGAUAUUGUGUUGAUGCAUGCUCAUUUCAUCCAUUGUUUUGUUACUCCUAGAGGCACUGGUACUGGUUUCCAUUGCACCUUCAUACAUGUUCUACAUGAUAGAACCACCAGAGAACCUCUAUGGGAUUCUCUUAAAGCCAUUGCUGAUAAGUGCAAAGAGGCUUGGAUUAUUAUGGGGGAUUUCAAUGCCCUCAUGGAUCUUGAGGAUAGACUUGGCUCCACUAUUAGAACAUCUGAAAUCCAGCCUAUGAGAAGCUGUAUGAACUACUGCCAGUUGACUGAAGUAAAAACAGUAGGGAGGUUCUAUACUUGGAACAAUAAGCAAGAUGGUGCAGAUAGAGUGUUUUCCAGAAUUGACAGAGUUCUGGCUAACACUAAGUGGGGAGAUAUGUUUGAUUCAGCUGAAGCAAACUACCUGACUGAAGGUGACUUUGACCAUUUCCCUAUGGUUCUCACUUGUUGCCAAAAGCCUCCACAGAAAAGGCCUUUUAGAUUCUUCAAUAUGUGGACCUCCUUUCCUAGGUUCAAUACCAUUGUGGAUAGAAAUUGGGGGAAGUAUGUCUAUGGAUGCCCUAUGUUUAGAGUGUUACAAAAGUUAAAAUGGAUUAAGGCUGAUCUUAAGGAUCUUAACAGGGAGGGUUACAGUGAUGUUGAAACUGAACACUACAGGUGCCAUAAGUUAUUGAUUGAUACUCAAAACCAACUCCAUGCUAACCCUGGGAACCAUGACCUUGCUGCAGAAGAGAAAACUGUUGCUUCUGAAUAUAGGAAAGCUAAGGAUAACUACUUGUCCUACUUGAAACAAACUGCUAAGGUUCACUGGCUUCAGAAUGGAUAUGAAAACACCAAAGCUUUUCACCAAAGCAUUACACAGAGGAGGAAACACAAUAGAAUCCACUCCAUUCAUGACAGGUCUGGUAAGUGGAUACAAACUGAUAGUGGAGUCCAAGAUGCUUUUGUUCAAUUCUACAUGUCUCUUUUUUGCUCCAACAUUGAGCAUAAGACCUCUAUUCUAAGUUCCAUCAUGGAUAGAGGGCCUAGAUUGCUUGAUGAUCACAGGAACAAAUUGGAAUGUUCCUUCACAGUAGAGGAUAUUAAGAGAGUUUUAGAUGAUAUUCCUAGCUCCAAAGCACCUGGGAUGGAUGGGUUUAACAGCCAUUUCUUCAAAGAAGCUUGGGGUACCAUAAAAGAUGAUGUUCACAAGGCCAUCACAGAUUUUUUUACUACUGGCAAAAUCCUAAGGGAAGUGAAUGUCACCUCCAUCACUCUUGUCCCUAAGGUCAAAGUUCCCUCUUCAGUGGAUAUCAUCUCCCAAAACCAGGGUGCUUUUGUGGCUGGUAGGUCUAUUCUGCAUAAUGUCCUAGUUUGUCAGGAUAUUGUGAAAAUGUACAGGAAAAAGCUGAUUCAACCAACUAGAGGUUUGAGACAGGGUGACCCUCUCUCCGCUCUUCUUUUCACUCUCUAUACGGAAGGUGAUCCAAAUGUUGUUUCUGUUAUGUUGGAGGGGUUUAAGUUGUUCUCUAGCACUACUGGCUUGCAAGAACAUAGAGAAACAAUCAGUCAGAUUUCUGGUUUUAAGUUUGGCACCCUCCCCUUCAAAUAUCUGGGGGUUCCUAUUAGCACUAGAAAGCUCAAAAGUUGUGACUGUGAAGCUCUUGUAGAGAAAAUGACUUUGAGAAUUAAAAUAUGGAGCUCUAGGCAUAUCUCUUUUGCAGGCAGAAUUGAGCUCAUUAAUUCAGUACCGAUGAGCAUCUGUGUUUAUUGGGCACAAAUGUUUAUUUUCCCUAAAGCUGUGCUGAAAAGGAUAAAUGCCAUUUGCAGAUCCUACCUUUGUCAUGGUUCUUAUGAUGAUGGUAGACCUGGUGCAGUGGCAUGGGAUAAGCUUUGCUGGCCUAAAUCUCAUGGUGGGCUAGGUUUCAAAAACCUUCUGUGGAAUCAAGCUGCAGUGGGCAAGCUGUACCAACUGCAAGGAAAUGAUCUCUUCCUGGUUGAGAAUUCAAGGCAGCUCUCUUCGUCUUAUUUCUUUCCUCAGGAAAGUCCAAAGAUGUCUAAGGGUGAUUUCAGAAGAAGAGUGGCAUAUACUAUGAUAGCUAGUCUAGUCUAUCACAUCUGGAAGGCAAGAAAUGCAAGUGUUUGGUUGCAGCAGGUUCCCACUGUUGCUCAGGUGGCUUUGAGGAUCCAAAUUGGUGUGAAAUACAUGAUCCAGAACAUCAUUAGUGCUAAAGUUAGUACCAGAGAUAGAGAUUGGUUUUUCUCUUUGUAA